AUGGCCGGAGUUGAUCACGAAGGCGAGAUGGCCGCGCUGCGGGAGACUCUACGGCAGCAGAGUCUUGCCGUCGAGAUGCUCAAGGCCGAGCUGGAGGAGGAGAGGCAGGCGGCGUCCUCGGGGGCCGACGAGGCGCUGGCCAUGAUCCUGCGGCUUCAGGCGGAGAAGGCGGCGGUGCGGAUGGAGUUGGACCAGUUCCGGCGGGUGGCGGAGGAGAGGAUCCUGCACGAUGAAGACUCAAUGGCGUUCCUCAAGGCCGUCGUCUUCAGCCAGGAGAUGGACAUCAGCUCCCUCAAGAAGCGCCUGCUUGCCGUCUGCGUCAGCAACGACCAAUACGCAGCGGCCUCUGUCGGGGAUGGCGCCUUCGACCUCCCAUGGCUGAGGAGACUGGCCAGGAACGGCUUGAUGUCGGGGAGGAACGCCUCUCUCCCGGCGGCGCGGCUCGAGGAGUUGUGCUCAGAUCUCGGUGCCGCCGCCGGCGGCGAGUAUGGCGACACUAGACCGGCGAGGACGGUGUCGGAUAUAGGGGAGGUGAUAAGGAGGGAAAAGGAGUGGGUGCGGUCCAACGUGAGCCACAAGGCGCCGCCGCGGCUGCACCGGUCGGCCUCUCACCACCUCCGGCGGGUGCCGAGCUACUCCGCGCAAUGUGGCAUGCCUUUUCCAGCAGUCAAUGUCCACGACAAGUUUGAAGCACCGGAGAGCGUUGCUUCCCACGCCCCUCCGAGAUCUAGCAGAAGGUCUUCGCCGGAGAUAAUCUCCGAGGAAGACGAACUGCUCUCGUCGUCCAGGCGGCGCGGUGAUCGAGACGGCGUCAAGCCUAGAAACGACCACGCGACCAUUGCUGAAUUGGGAGCUGGCAUAGAGCAGAUCAAAUGCAGUGUAAAGAAUCUCGCGACCGAGCUCAGCAGAACGAGCGAAACCAGCGUGUCCAGAGGCGACGCGCAGACGCAAUUGCUGGCCGAGAUCUGCGCAAAGCUUGACGCCAUAAGCAAGCAUCAGAUCAAUGGUGUUCAUGGAGAUGGAGACAAGAGAAACACUAGCAGAGAGCAAGGCAGUUCUUCCAAGGGGGUGAAUCUGCCACAGAGUGAGCUUCUGAUGAACCAUUUCAUUGAGGUAUGUGCCAUCAUCUCCUCUGCUCUCCUUGCUAGGCCCUUGCUGGCAUCCAUGUCAUUCUUUAGGUGCGUCCUCAUUUUUGUCUUAGCUGUGGUGUUCACAAAAGCUCUGACGAGUUCAUAUUCACAAUGAGUUUCUUUAGGUGCUUCCUCAUUUUUGUCUUAGACGCUAAAGUUAAUUCCCACCCAAUUUCAGUUCCUUCACAUUUUAGUCAGUUACAUUAUUGUACUAAUAAGAAAACAUCGCUCUGAGACCAUGCUGAAACAAGAAAGUAGUAUCUUCUUCAGCAUUGUUGUUAUUCGGUUCC